GGCGAAGCUAAGGGGGGGAGAGAUGGAUUUGGAAGGGGAGGUACAACAUCAAGCACCGACAAGCAGAAGAAUGGAUUACCACACUGGAGGAGGGAUGCAAGCAGUUGCAGACGACAGUGGGAUUGCUUAUGCAGCGGCAGCAUGAAGGGGGGGAGAUCGAUGGGGGAGCGAUCUCGAUGGAUCAGAGGUUGGAAGAUAGGAUUCAAAAGUUGUUAGACAUCUUGUGGGAGCUGGAGGAGGGGCCGGAUCCCCGGCCCGAAGACUACAUUGACUGGAGGCGGGCGGAUGACAGGUUGGCUGCUUGCAGAACCCUCUUCACAUUGGGGCGAGAUCUACGCAAUCAGUUGGAGUAUAUGUAUGGAUUGCUGGCGAGUGAAGACAAUUGCGGCGAAAACACAAAUAACAGGAACAACAUCAGCUACAGCGACAUCAAGGAUGGGGAUGGUGUCAACAAUAAUAAAGAUCGGGGGGGCGACGUCCAAGGAUGCACUAUGAUGGGAGUGAUACUGCAGGUGGACGAGAAAGAUAAUGGAGACGUUAACAACAACAACAACAACAACAACAACAAUAACAACAAUAACAACAACAUCAAUGAUGGUGCGCAGGGAUUGGGAGUGGGCAAAAUGGGCGAAGGGGGUGUGAAGGAUGACAACAACAUUAACAACGAUGGCAACAACAACAACAACGGUGACGAGGGCGGGGGCGAAGUCCACGGCAGCAACAUGAAGGGUGUGAUGACGCAGAUGGACAUGGAUGAUAAAGGUGGUGACAGCAACAACAACAACAACAUCGACAACAACAACAACAACAACAACAACAACAACAACAACGAUGAUGAUGGGGGAGGCGACGUCCACGGCCGCCGCAUGAGGGGAGUGAUACAACAGAUGGAUGCGGAUGAUAAUGGAGACGACAACAACAACAAAAACAACAACAUCGACUGCAACAACAACAACAAUAAACAAAAUGCUGACGACGGAGGGGGCGACGUCCAUGGGAGCAGCAUGAUGGGUGAGGUACUGCAGGUAGACGCGGUCGGAAUGGGGGUGGACACGGGGGACUUCCUCCUUGUUAUAUUUUUUGGCCUCGAUAUGGAGUUGCUUCUCGUUGUCUGCCAGAGGAUAGGAGUAGGUUAGUCAGUGAUGAUUGGUGUUGCCCAGCCCACAAUACCAAUCAACACUGGGGUGGUGAUCGCCUCGCGGGAUUGGUGGUGGGCAGUUUAGGGGUUGGAUUGCAGGAGGCCGUCCCUUCUCUUGCGCAGGGAGGUAAUCAAUCCCCUUGACAGAU